UCUGGAAGAAACUUUGGAGAAAAGUUGCUUGUGGUUGCAGUAGGAGUUGUCAGAGACAAGAUCUUAUCAAUCAUGCCCGCAACAUGAGAAGGGAAGGGAUGGUAAAGGUGGAAACCUCUUCACAGGUCUAAUAAUUGCAAGAUAUUGAUGGCCAAAGAUUGAAGCUUUGAAUGAGCAAAACUGGGAUCGUUAUUGCGAUCAAACGACAAGCAGAGUUGGCUGUCACCAACAACAACACGAUGACUUAGAUCAUGCGCAAAUGAUUGAGUAAUCCACAGCCUCCUCCCAUCUUCUGACACCUCUUUGAGAGCGAUCGCCAACUUCCAGCGCACCAUCUGAGACGCACGAUUCAAGCCGCAGCAGAUCAUCAAAGAGGAGAGGAAAGAGAAGGAGAGAAUCCCCAGCCGAAUCAAGCUCACUGAGAUAGACGAUUUGGGGAGGUCGGAGCGCCUCCGCCGUCACCGGCUUCCACAGAUUACUGUUGUUUUUCUUGCCGCGUUUCCCUUCCCUCUCCCAAAACGCUGACCUUUUUCUCCCGCAGUUGGAGGCGGGCCCCCCUCUGGGGCCCACCUUCCUCAGGUAGAGGUGAGAAGGGUCGUGCUUCUCGUGUCGCGGAGGGGAACACUAAGCAUCCAUCUAGAGUUUCUGACUUUGGCAUGCUUGAGCAAUCUGUCGGGCGCAACUUAGAAGCAGCUGCUGAUUUCAUCAGAAAUCCUGAAGUUAAUCCAAAACCUAGUGUUCAAACCAGUAUUUCUGGUCCUUCUCAUUUUGAUAAUUUUAGUAAACCUCUUGGAAUCAGUAAUAUUUCUACAUCGACAGCCAGAGUUGGAUCGUCGACGGUGCCCCUACACAAGGGGCAGCGACCUCAUCUGGUUUCACUUGCUAGUGGUCAGUUUGAAAACUGGGGUGAGACCACAAUGGCAGAUGCUAGCCCGAGGACAGACGCUUCAACAGAUGUGGAUGCUGGUGACAAAAAUCAUAAGCCAAAAAGAGGGCAAGUUGCUGCAAUAGCAGCUUCUGAUUCUAGUGACAAGACCAAGGAGAAAACAGGGGAUCAAAAGACACUUCGUCGACUUGCACAAAAUCGUGAAGCUGCAAGAAAGAGUCGGCUAAGGAAAAAGGCAUAUGUACAACAACUAGAGGGUAGCAGGCUGAAACUUACUCACAUUGAGCAGGAGCUUCAACAUGCUCGACAGCAGGGAAUUUUUAUUUCUAGCUCAGGAGAUCAAUCCCAUGCAAUGAGUGGAAACGAGGGGUUGGCUUUUAACAGUGAAUAUGCACGAUGGCGAGAAGAGCACAAUCGGCAGAUCAGUGAACUCAGGACUGCCGUGAAUGCACAUGCCAGUGAGAAUGACCUCCGUGCUAUUGUGGAUGGCAUCAUGGCACACUAUGAUGAGAUUUUUAAGCUCAAGGGCACUGCUGCAAAAGCAGAUGUCUUUCACAUGUUAUCAGGCAUGUGGAAGACACCUGCCGAGAGGUGUUUCCUGUGGCUAGGAGGUUUCCGCUCAUCUGAACUCCUAAAGCUUCUUACAAGUCAGCUAGAGCCACUUACAGAGCAGCAAUUGAUGGGUCUGUGCAAUCUCCAGCAAUCCUCUCAGCAGGCCGAGGAUGCUCUCUCGCAGGGGAUGGAGGCACUGCAGCAGUCUUUGGCAGAAACAUUGGCUGGGUCUCUUGGCUCCUCGGGGUCUUCAGGCAACGUUGCGAACUACAUGGGUCAGAUGGCUAUGGCCAUGGGGAAACUUGGGACUCUCGAAAAUUUCCUUUGCCAGGCUGACAACCUGCGGCAACAGACUCUACAACAAAUGUGUCGGAUACUAACUACUCGUCAAGCUGCACGAGCACUUCUUGCCAUCAAUGACUACUUCUCACGGCUUCAUGCCCUGAGCUCUCUUUGGCUUGCUCGGCCUCGUGAGUAAGGAGACAGAUAACGUUGCUUCCACAAUCUUACGACCUACACCGAAGGUUCCAUUGCAGAUAUUGCUAAAUCAACUGGCUAAUUGGAUCUAAUUGUUACGGUUCGAUGGCGGCUUUGAAUCAGGAGAUCAUGUAUAGUCAUUAUGCCAUCACCUCUCUUUUUUCUUUUGCUUUGUAAGCAUAACUUGAUAUUUCACCAUUGUGUAUUGACUGUAGUUGUAUAUCUUUAACAAAAGUAUUGUAAUGAUAGAUCUAAAUGGUUUGCUAA